UCCCUUUGUUUGGUGGUUGGUUUGACGGCGAUGCAAUAGGAAUGGUAGGGGAGGUCUGGGGUUUUGAGUUUACCUUUUCUCGUUGCAUCAAUGGAGCCAGCAUGAGUUUGCGAUUUCUCCGGCGUGCUUAUUGAGAGUAAUACCGGAUUGGAAGUGUGGUUCCUUCAUUUGCUUGGCACUUUUAAUGAUCUCUAAAGGCCGGUGUUUUUGGGCAAUCUGACUGCAAGCUAUAGCUCUUGUGGAUUUUCUUUGUGGAGGCGCCUUUUGGUUUAGGAGAGCAGUUUAGUUAAGCGGAAUCAACAGUAAUUUUGUGUUUGCAUUAGAAGGCUGGAAAAAGAUUUCCAAGGAACAACUACUUUGCCACUGCUGAGGCCUCCAUGUAGAACCUUGAAGUUUUCAGCAAUCAAGCAAUAAUAAAUGCAUUAGGUGCUGAGGUUGCUGCUCAAUGGGAUUUACAGAUAUCAUCUUUUCUUUAUUGUUCAUUCUCCCUUUCGUCGAAUCCUCGAGCCGGCUUAGUGAUGUGUGGCGACUAAAUUUUGGAGCUGAAACAGCAGUUGCCUUCAGUUGGACAACUUUCAGUGCAAGCAUAUUUGUGCUGGUUGCUCUGGUUCUCUCGAUGUAUCUAAUCUUCGAGCAUUUAGCCGCUUAUAAUCAGCCAGAUGAGCAGAAGUUUCUGAUUGGACUCAUUCUGAUGGUUCCAGUCUACGCUGUGGAAUCGUUCUUGUCGCUAGUGGAUUCAAGUGCUGCGUUCAAUUGCGAAGUGAUCCGAGACUGUUAUGAAGCAUUUGCAUUAUAUUGCUUCGAGAGAUACUUAAUAGCCUGUUUAGGUGGAGAAGAAAGCACCAUCAAAUAUAUGGAAAGUCAAAGUGUGAUAAGCGCCAGUACACCUCUUCUAGAAGAAGCAUAUUCAUAUGGAGUAGUAGAGCAUCCUUUUCCAUUAAAUUGUUUCAUGAGAGAAUGGUAUCUCGGUCCAGACUUCUACCAUGCUGUAAAAAUUGGCAUUGUUCAGUAUAUGAUUCUAAAAUUGAUCUGCGCCCUACUAGCAAUGAUUCUUCAAGCUUUUGGGGUAUAUGGAGAAGGGAAGUUCCAAUGGAAUUAUGGCUAUCCAUACUUGGCGGUCGUUCUUAAUUUUAGUCAGACAUGGGCCCUGUAUUGCCUUGUCCAAUUCUAUACAGUGACUAAGCAGAAGCUGCGACCAAUCAAACCACUUGCAAAGUUCUUGGUUUUCAAGUCGAUUGUAUUCCUAACAUGGUGGCAAGGAGUCGCUGUUGCAUUUCUCUUCUCAAUUGGGGCCUUGAAAGGGUCCCUGGCUCAGGAGCUGAAGACGCGUAUUCAAGACUACAUCAUCUGCAUAGAGAUGGGGAUUGCUGCUAUAGUGCACCUUCAUGUAUUCCCCGCUGCGCCUUACAAGCGUGGAGAAAGAUGUGUCCGUAAUGUGGCUGUUAUGAGUGACUAUGCAUCAUUAGGAACCCCUCCCGAUCCAGAGGAGGUUCGAGACUGUGAGCGGACGACUAGGAUCCGACUCUCGCGGCAUGAUGAAAGGGAGAAGCGUCUGAAUUUUCCGCAGAGUGUUCGUGACGUGGUUGUUGGGAGCGGUGAAAUAAUUGUUGAUGAUAUGAAGUAUACGGUCUCGCAUGUGGUAGAACCAGUUGAGAAGGGUUUUGCAAAGAUCAAUAAAACGUUCCACCAAAUAUCAGAAAAUGUGAAAAAGUUUGAAGAGCGGAGGAAGAGCUCCAAGGACGAUACAUAUCUGAUUCCCUUGAAUUCGUGGAAUGGGGAAUUCUCUGAGGCUCAUGAUAAGCUUCUGGAAGGGAGUGUUAGCGACAGCGGUUUAUCGAGUGGGAAGAGACAAGCUGGUCAUUCCAAAGCCUCGGUAUCCCGGGUUAGAAACAUGAGAUGACACAGAGGGGGUUGAAACUGCACGUAAUUGUACAGCUUCUGUGGUGGAUUCAGUCAUGACUAGGUAAAAUCUCAAUCCGGUGUAAUGCUCUCAUUGCAUUAUAGACGCUUCAUCAUAUCCAUGGAUGAGAAUUUUGAGGUUUUUGUCAUUGAUGUUGGCAGUGGAAGUUGUACAUAAGGGACUUGAUGACACUCCAAUUGGUGCUAUCCUCAGUUAGGAGCCAUGAGCUGUGGCGGGGAUUUGCUAUUAGGCAGAAUGAACUUUGUCUCAAUACCCUUUGGUUUCUAGAAAAGGAUACGCGCUUGUAAAACUCCGGAUAUUGUGCAUAAUACAAGAUGCAGCUGCCUCCCCUUUUUCUUGGGUAAUUCGA